CCUAAGUCAUUCUCAUCGUGAUUUCUUGCAACCUAGGUGAUGAAUGAUGGGUGAAGAAAUAAGGAAACACAGAGCUGGAGAAAAGAAAAAGGAUGGAAGUCCAAUAUGGAAAAUCGUCGGUGCCGUCAUCGCAGCCACUUGCAUGGUGGCUGCUGUCAUUACUCUCGGAAUCUUAGGCUCGAGGAUGAGGAAAAACAGCAGAAAUAGUAGCUCAUCUUUCGGCGACAAUCAAAACCAACAGACGAACACGACAGCAUUCUCGAGCACGAUAUCAUCCUCUUCAAUUCCAACUACUCAGACCACUUUCUCGACGAUAACACGAACGGGAAUUGUAGGAAAUAGCACUUCCAGUACAAAAGAGGAGCCGCGUACACUUGUUGGAAGAGAAACUCGUACGCUUCUCCUCUCCAUCCCAUCCGCACAACUACAUCCCGUCCUUCCUUCCUCACAUCCUCCUCCUCUCUUUCCUCAUCUCCUUCCUCCGUUGCUGCCUAUAACGCUAACGUAUCCCCGCAGCACAGUCCUUUCGCGCGCAUUUUGCGCGCUCGCAUCCAGUCGAAGGUUCUGAUAGACCGAGUCCGGAUAUGAUUAUCAUCGGUGUAGUGUCUGUAUGUAUUGUGGUACUGGUUGUAGGGCUGUUGGCUUCGAGGUGGUGUUAUAUGAGACGGAAGAAGAG